GUAGUGCUGGUAGUGGUGGCCUUGGUGGGCCUGGUGGACAUGGAUCAACUCAACAAUAUCAUCAACAUCAACGAGAUCAUCUCACGACGCCGACUCAUGGACAAAAUACUGAUGAAGCGAGCAAUGCUGUCGAUGAGCCCAUGGUUCCUCUUGAAAGAGCUCAAAAUACAGGAACCUGGAUAUGUUGCAUGCCCUGCUACUGGGUUAAACAGAGCAAAUCUGUUCAUAAAGCCCUGCUAACUUUUGCUAUGCUACUUGUUACAAGUUUACUUGUUACUAGCCCUGUUUUAUUUUUAAUUACAACUCUGCCAGAUGCUGAUCAACCACGAAAUUGUGCUCCCUUGGACGAAGCGUGCAUUAGAGAACGAGAUGGACAGGAUGAAAUAUGUGUUACGAAAGCAUGCAAUGAGGGCUCAAGAAAAAUGUUGGCAUCGAUGAACAGAGAUGUGGAUCCAUGCAACGAUUUUUAUCAAUUCGCCUGCGGUAGUUUUCGUGACCGAGAAUCAUCUCCAUCCAGCUCUAGCUUCACUAUUCUUCAGAAGCAAAUCGAUCGUAAAAUUCAAACAUUACUGGCUAAUGAAACAGGAAAGAUGGUCGGUGUUUUCGAGAAGAUGGGACUUUUUUAUUCAAACUGUGUUGCCCAAGCUGAAAAAGCUGUUAACUUCACACCAGUUUAUUCGCUGCUGGAAGAAUCGGGUGGCUAUAUACCUCCAAAAUCAUCAGCCUCAACGGAUAUAACUCUUCUGGUGGCGACACUUCUUAAAAUAAAUGGCGCACCUCUUUUUGAUUUCUACGUUGAUGUCGACUUGUACGAUCACUCUCGGGUAUCAGUUUUUCUCGAUCUGCCCUCGAGACAUUUAGCAGAUUCGUUUUUCUCGAAUAAAUAUAAAGAUGGACCUAGAUGGCACGCGGAAGCUAGUAUGAAGAAAGUAAUCCGUAAAAAAAGAUCAAAUCCUGCUGAGAGUCAAGCGUACACCGUUAUCAAGAAUUCAAGAGAUGAAUACAGAUGUCGAAAAAUAGAAAAAAUACUUCAUCAAUAUUUACCAGAGAAUAUGGAGAAACGAGAACGAUCAUAUGAAACUUAUCUCCUUUUACAAUUUUGUUUAUCUCUUAGCAAGAUAUAUCCACGGCAAAAAGAUUUAUAUAAUUGGGUUGAUGUUGAUCAAAGAGUAUACAUCCCGUAUAAUCUGACGUACCUUCAGGAUAACUUCAAUUAUAUAAGGUGGAAGACGCUGUUGAAUAUCACUGUGGAUAAGGAUACUUUUAACGAUUUGUACAAGCAUGGAACUACCGAUGAUCAAUUUGUAUAUGUUUACAUAACUGCGCCUCGAUAUUUUAGAAGUUUGGGGAAAUUGCUCAAUCAAUUUUCAAACAGAGUUGUUCACAAUGGUUUGCUACUUUUGUAUGCAGUGGAUACACUUCAUGAUAUUGUGAACGUAACUGCCAGCAACAAUUGGAAUGUUUCCUGCAGUAAAUUGACAAGAAAUUUAUUUUCUGAAAUGGUUGGAGCCUUAUAUGUACAACAAUAUAAACCUCAAUAUUUACAAUUACUGGCCGGUCGAGUCAAUAAUUUAUUCGAGCGAGUUAAGGAAACAUUAGCAGAAAGGAUAUUAGUUAAAUCUUGGCUCGAUGAUGAUACCAGGGCACAAUCUUUACUGAAGCUCACUGAGCUGCGAGGCAAGUUUCACGUUUGGCCUGGUUUUCAUAAUAAGUCUUUAUUGGCGCAUGAAAUGGCUAAGGUAACUAUUGAGCCAGAUUUUUUUACAACUGUCAUUAAAAGAUUUCGACAAAUUCGUAACCUGAAGGACCAAGUUCUACGAGGAACAUUAAAUGAUAGAUGGCGUAAUCCAUAUGCUGUUAAUGCUUAUUACGAAUCUUCAACAAAUUCAAUAGUGAUACCACUUGCUAUGAUGACUGCCUGGUCAUGGUCAUGGGAAGGAGGACCAGCCUAUUCUGCUCAUGCAACUCUAGGCUCCGUAAUCGCACAUGAAAUUCUUCAUGUAUUUGAUCUUCACCAUCGCUUGCCUUUAGAUCCCGAAAUAAAUCUUAAAAAUUGGGUUUGGAUAACUCCUAAAUCAUGGAGUCAACUUGAAAGUAAAAUCGAGUGCGUCGCCAGACUUUAUGCUAAAAGAUUUUGGAGAAAAGUUCAAUUCUACGGCAAUGAAGUGGACGUACAAUUUGACUGGAAUGUCACGAGAAAUGAAAACGUUGCUGAUAUUGGUGCUUUACAAAUUUCUUAUCAAACCUGGCAUACAUUAACUAAUGGAAGAGAUCGAGCUUUGCCAACUUUAGAUGCUCUUCGACCAAGUCAAAUGUUUUUCAUUAGUGCCGCCCAGACUUACUGUACUAACAUGACUGCCGAGGCCUAUAUCCUUUCCGUCGAGCUUGAUUAUCACACUCCGUCUCCAGAGAGAGUUAACGUUGUUAUGAUGAACUCGCCAGCUUUUGCCGAAGCUUUUCGUUGUCCUCUUGGUUCACGAAUGAAUCCGCCUAACAAAUGCAGCACAUGGUGAUAGGAAUAUUAAAUAAUCAGCAAUUACUAUUUUCAAAAUUGAUGGAUCAAUCACAAAAAAAAUUUGGCUCAACAUAAGAUACUUUUAGACGAUUUAUGCUGACACUUGUAGAUUUUAAUCGAUUUAAUUAUCAAUGAAUUUAAGAAUUUAUUGACUUGCCAAUAUCCAGAAAACACCAAACGGAGUAUAAAAAAAGUUAUGUCGCAUAAUAAUCGUCGCGUACUUAAUUAAUACGUCGUACGUUUUAAAAGGCCUUAUUGGAUGGAGAAUUUAUCGAAGCACAUUGGUUAGAUUUUUUGUCUUUUGCAACUAUAAAUGUUAGUCAAGCAGAUCAAUAUCUUGAUAAAAAAAUUUCAGAGUCUGAAUAUUUUGAUCUACUAUAUAUACGAUAAAUUAUUUAUUUUAUUAUUUAAGCUACAAUAUACAUUAUUUAUAUUUAUUAUCACCUUGA